AUGACUCUUUAUUACAGCCUCGUGUUUCUUCUCCUGGUGUUCGAGAUGGCGGUGUUCCUCGCUCUCGUCAUCCCUCUGCCGCACACCAUCAAGCGCAAGCUCUUUGCCUUCAUCUCAGAGAGCCCGAUUAUUGCUAAGCUACAAUACGGAUUGAAGAUCACAUUCAUCUUCAUUCUGAUUCUGUUCAUUGACAGUGUCAACCGCGUGUACCGCGUGCAGCAGGAGCUUUCGGCUUUCACCAAGGAUGGCCCCGCCGUUGGUGCCUACAGAGCUGCCCACCUCGGGACCGACCGCAUGGAAGUCCAAGCCCGCAAGUUCUACUCCCAGCGCAACAUGUACCUUUGUGGUUUCACCCUGUUCCUUUCCUUGAUCCUCAACCGCACCUACACCAUGAUUCUCGAGGUUCUCCGCCUUGAAGACCGUGUCAGACUCCUGGAAGGCGAUAAGAAGGCCGGCGGCAAGGACUCUGCCCGUAUCGCCGAAGCCGGAUCCGUCGGCGAGAUUGGCCGCCUGAAGGAGGUCAUUUCCGCCAAGGACCGCGACAUUGAAACCCUUAAGAAGCAGUGUGAGGGUCUGACCCGCGAAUACCACAGCCUCGGCGAUAAGGUCUCCACCUCAAAGGGUGAUGACAACGAGAAGAAGGACCUGUAA